AUGGAGUACGAUUGCAUCCUGCUGCUGUGGAUCAGUAUCUUACUUCCAGGUCAGCAGCAAUGUUUCAGCAUCGACACGAGGAGACCCAGGAUCAUUGAAGGCUCCAAGGAGGCUCAGUUUGGCUAUACAGUACAGCAGCAUGAGGCAGAAGGCCAAAAGUGGCUCCUGGUCGGUGCACCUUUCGAGAGCAGUGGCGAUCACCAAACAGGAGAUGUGUAUAAAUGUCCCAUGGACAGUGACAGCAAAACUAAUUGCACACGGCUCAACUUAGGGAAGGUAUCCCUAGAAAAUGUGUCAGAACGCAAGGACAACAUGAGACUAGGGAUGACUCUGGCCUCAAACCCCAAUGAUAACAGCUUUGUGGCCUGUGGUCCAUUGUGGUCAUAUGAGUGCGGCAGUUCUCUGUACAGCACUGGCAUCUGUUCCAGCGUCAACAGCACCUUCAGCUUCACGCACAACAUUGCCCCAGCAUUCCAGAGAUGUGAGACAUAUAUGGACAUUGUUAUUGUUCUGGAUGGAUCUAACUCCAUAUACCCGUGGUACGAAGUGCAGGACUUCCUCAUCAACGUCCUUAAGAAGUUUUACAUUGGGCCUAAUCAGAUUCAGGUUGGAGUGGUUCAGUAUGGUGAGAGGGUGGUGCAUGAGUUCCAGCUGAAUGACUAUGUAACAGUGGAGGAGGUGGUGAGAGCAGCCCAGAACAUAAACCAACGGGGCGGUGAGGAGACGCGUACAGCUCUUGGUAUCAAUGUUGCACGGUCACAGGCAUUUAAGCGUGGUGGUCGUCAUGGGGCCAGGAAGGUGAUGAUUGUGAUCACUGAUGGAGAGUCCCAUGACAGCCCUGACUUACAGACUGCUGUAGAGGACAGCGAGAAGGAAAACAUUACCAUGUACGGCAUUGCUGUUCUUGGCUACUACAAUCGCCGUGGGAUAAAUCCUGAUAAAUUUCUUCGAGAGAUCAAAUUCAUCGCCACAGAUCCAGAGGAACAUUUCUUCAGUGUGACUGAUGAAUCUGCUCUAAAGGACAUUGUGGAUGCACUGGGAGAGAAGAUCUUCAGCCUGGAAGGAACUGACCAGAAUGGAACUGCAUUUGGGUUGCAGAUGUCCCAGGCUGGUUUCUCUUCACACAUUGUGGAGGAUGGGGUGUUAGUGGGAGCAGUGGGGGCAUAUGACUGGAAUGGAGCUGUUCUUAAAGAGACAAAGCAUGGCAAAGUGAUCCCACCCAAAUCCUCAUACCUUCAAGAGUUUCCUGAGGAGCUGAAAAACCAUGGAGCUUAUCUCGGCUACACGGUGUCCUCAGUGGUAUCGGAUCAGCAUGGACAGCUCUAUGUGGCCGGAGCCCCUCGCUUUAAUCACACAGGGAAAGUCAUCGUCUUCACCAUGACCAAUAGUGGAAACCUCACCAUUCUACACUCUCUCAAAGGACAACAGAUUGGCUCCUAUUUUGGCAGUGAGGUGGCCCCGCUGGAUCUGAAUGAGGAUGGACUAACUGAUUUCCUCUUGGUGGCAGCACCUAUGUUUUUAAGUCAAGGUUGGGAGAAGGGAAAGGUUUACGUCUAUGAGUUAACUGAAAAGGGAUACUUUAUUUUAAAUAGGGAACUGGAAGCAUUAGAUCAAGCACAAAACUCUCGCUUUGGAUCUGCCAUGUCUUCCAUCCCUGACCUUAACGGUGACAUGUACAGAGAGCUAGUGGUGGGUGCACCAUUGGAGGAUGACCACAGGGGGGCGAUUUAUCUCUUUUAUGGCCAACACAAUGGGAUCCAAAGGAUGCACAAGCAGAGGAUCGGUGGGGUGGAUGUGUCUCCUGGUUUGCAGUAUUUCGGUCGCAGUGUUCACGGGGUGAUGGAUGUUAAUGGAGAUGGGCUGGUGGAUUUGUCUGUUGGCUCCUUGGGUGCUGCUGUCAUUCUCUGGUCUCGCAGCGUUGUCCGUGUGUACAUGAGUGUUCAUUUUGAGCCUGCGAAGAUCAAUGUGUUUGUUAAGGACUGUGUUCGCUGGGGUAAAGAGGUCACCUGCAUGUCUGCCAUCGUGUGUUUAAAUGUCACUGCACGGACACCUAUGCCUGAGACACAAGCCGUGGCUCUCAGGUAUAGCUCCUCCAUCGAAGAGCAGAGGUACAGCCCUAGAGCUGUCCUGGACAGUGUGGAUGGAUCUCAGCCCAGGAAUGUCACUCUUCUGCCCGGGAAUGAGCACUGCCAGCAUGUCUACUUCCAUGUGCAUGAGACGACAGACUACACAAGGCCCAUCGUCUUCACCGUGGAGGUGGGGCUGCAGGACCCAGAGGAAGGCCCAGUCCUGGAUGAUGGCUGGCCCACAGUGCUUCGCACUAAUCUCCCUUUCUGGAAUGGAUGUGAUGAAGAUGAUCAAUGCAUUCCAAACCUGAGUCUACAGAGUAGCUCUAAUUUACUGGACCGUAGGCAGUUCUGUGGACUAAAGGAGCGUGCCAGAUGGAUGGUGUGUCGCCAGCAGGGGGCAACAGCAGUUGAAUCUGAACGUGUGGUGGAGGCCAGUCGUAGGAAGAUGUUGGUGGAUGUCCAUUUGGAGAACAGAGGAGAGAAUGCCUACAACACUGUACUCAUCAUCUCCCACUCUCCCAACCUACUCUUUUCCAGCCUCAUGGUGAAGGGUAACUCUGACGUGCAGAUUGACUGUCAAGCUGCAGAUGGACACGGCUUUCAGAGGAGCUGUAACGUCAGUGCCCCGUUUAUGAGGUCACAAGCCCAGGUAUCUUUCCGUCUUGAAUUUGAGUUCAGCAGAUCAAUCUUUCUGGAUCAUGUGAGAGUCACACUCGAGGUCUCCAGUGAUGGUGAAGAAUUGACCCCAGAAGAUAAUGUCAACGAUGUCUAUCACCCUCUCAAAUAUGAGACUGACCUGCUGUUCACACGAGAUUCCAACCCCUCCCGCUUUGAAAUCAAACCGGAGCUUUCACAAAACAAUCCAAACAAUGUCGGCCCAACAUUCAACCUCUCCUAUCAGAUCCAAAACUUGGGGCUCUUCCCUGUUAAUGACCUGCAGUUCACCCUAGAUGUCUAUGCAGUAACAAAGAAAAACAACCAACUCCUGCACAUCUCAGGCUUGGAUAUUGAUCAGACCUUUGUCUCAGACUGCACUCCUCUGCGUACCACAGCUCUGAACCCCCCCUCUCCUGAAGAUCUCUUUUCCACUCCACAACUGAAUCGGUCAAACAGUGUCUCAAUGUCAGCCCAGUGCAGCCUGACCCUGCCACCCCUGAAAGAGAUCAGUGUGACUGUUACAGGAUGGCUUAAUCUCCAUGCCCUACAAGCAGUAAAGUUUAAGAUGCUGAAGUUAGUGAUGACUGCAGCUAUUGAGCUUGAGCCAUCCAGUGUCAUGUUCCUGCGUGAGGAACGCCCUGAGAGACAUAUAAUCCUGGAGAUUAGAAAGGAGGAAGAUUACAGAAUUCCCAUCUGGAUUAUAAUUGGCAGCAUGCUGGGAGGCCUGCAGCUUUUGGCACUGCUGGUACUUGCUCUGUGGAAGCUGGGGUUCUUCCGUCGUCAGAGGCGAGAGGAGGAGGAUGAAGCCACUCAAGAAAAAACGACAGAAGAACGGUAA